CGGAAGAGGAAGUAAAUCGUAAACCUCCAAAUAUCGCCCUCUUGUUUAUCUUUCUAAAAUAGCCAUGUAAUACACGGGAUACCGCGAUAGUUCCAUGAGCAUGGAUGAAAAAGUUCAUUUGGUUCUUGUUGGCCAUAGUCUUGAGGCAAAAUGCGAGGUUGGAAAUGCACUUCUAAAAACAAACGCAUUCAGAGAACUAGACUGCCGCACAGAACUCGAAAUAAAACGCUUCUAUAAUGUGACGAUUCAAGGCGAAAACAUUGCAUGUGUCGUCACCCCAAACUUGAACACACCAGGGUGGCAAUAUGUCCUUCCAAUUUUGCGACAGUUCCAGAAAAGGGUUUUCAUUUACGUUCGUACUUAUGGCUUGACAGAUGUAGACGACAAAAAGUCAAUUGACUUGAUCAGAGAUCAACUCUCAGCCACUAAACAACGACUUGAUCUUAUUGACGUGGAUGUAGAAGACCAAUUCGAUCCAGAGCAUUCGUUCCAAGAUCAAGAAACAUCUCCAUGCAAAAAGACCAGCUAUUAUACAUCCGCGUCGACAGAAAGUACAGAGGAAAACGCUAAGACAUCUGUUAAGCCUUUGAAUGUCAUUGUUAUUGAGUUGUCAGUAUGCAAGGAUAGAUAUACUAAAGACACAAGCAAGCUUACGGCCGAACAAUAUGGCAUGUGCCUUAACUUUGAAAUGACACCCGAUGAGAAACUCGAGGUAGGCAAGAAGAUUUUAAGUUUUAUUAAGCGUUUUUUUGAGUCGACCCAGGAACAAGAAGUAGAACCUCUUGUACAAGAAAGUGGUGUCGUUAUAAAACACGGAACCGAUGCAAUUUCGGGAAAGGGGGCAACUGAUGAAGGCCUAAUGCGCCAAGUGUCGAAACCUGAUGAUGACGAUCAACCAAUGUCUUUAUCGCAAAAGAUUUCGGAUGGUGUGCACAAGAAAGUAAACCUGGACUCUAGAUCAGAGCUACCUGAAAUUACAAACGAAGAUAGAACUCUGUUUGCCAAGACCUUGGAAAAAGGAAAAGCACGUGCCAACCAUGUAAGAGUUAAUGUCGUUGGAAAUCAAGGGGUUGGAAAAACAACUCUUGUUCAACGAUUGCAGAGAAAGAAAUCGACACUUCCGGAAAAAACCAUGCCAACAGAAGCGUUAGGUAUAGAGGAGAUUACAUGUCGAUGUUUACAACCACUGGAUGACGAGAAAAAGAAAUGGGAAACGAAAGAAAGUGGUUAUGUUCAGCAACUAAACGUGUAUAGAAUGGCUGAAGCUAUGGCAAGUCUGACUACCAAUGACGACAGAGACAGCAGCGCAUUGCAGGAAGAGCAACCUGAUCUAGGUUCAGAUGAAGUGAUAGAGGGGUUGACUCUUACAUCGGAGAAUGAGACCCCAACAUUAUAUCAAGUCACGGCAAAAGCAAGUACUCGAGACGUGUUUUGGCAACAGGUAAAGAGAGAGAGAAACAGCGAUCUUGAAAAUCAAAUGUAUAUAUCUUAUUGGGACUUUGCCGGGCAAUCGACAUACUAUUCAACACACCAAGCGUUCUUGGCACCAAGAGCAGUGUACAUAGUUGUGUUUGACCUGAGCAAGGACCUUAAUGAAAAUUUGAAGGAUAGUCUUUGCUUUCGAACAGGAAUUCAAGGGAAAUGCACUGUCAAAGAGUCUUUGCAAUUUUGGGCAUCUUCGAUAAAAGCGUAUACUAAAGAUGUUCAAGGUGGAAGAGCACCACUUAUUUUAGUGGGAACACAUGCCGAUAAAGUGACUGACGAAAAAAUAAUAGAAGAACGGUUCAGACAAGCUCGUGAUGCUAUGGGGUUUGAGACAAUAGAAUGGAUGAAAAUAAACAACACAAUCGAAAUUAAACAUGAUGGAUCCCAGGAUGACGACCCCGAAGAUUUGAAACAGCUCCGAAACACGGUACUUGAGCUUGGUCUUGGAAUUGCGGACGAAGAAGUUGAUGCCCAAUGGAUUGAUCUUGAGAAUGAGCUGUACAAUAAAAAAAUGACAGGUGCAAUGGUCAUAACUUUUCAAGAAUUAAAAGAGUUAGACAAGACAAUGGACAGACCAAUGCAGGACGAUAAAAAUCUCAAGCUCUUUCUUGAGCAUUUGCACUGUCGUGGUCAAGUUUUAUACUUCCCAGUAAAAAGUGGGACUGAACUGAUAAUCCUCGAACCUUCUGCGCUGGCAAAUUUGCUAAAUUCUCUUCUUCGAGCGAUGCAUGGGAAACAAUCUGUAUCAAAUCUCGAUGCGGAAAGUCACCAAGGGAUUGUCUCAAAAGAGUUCAUCGACAAAAAAAUGACCGAACUUUUGUCAAAAAAUCCAAGUAGCGGAAAUGCAUUGGUAGCAAUGUUGGAAAAUCUUAAAAUAAUGAUGCGUUAUGACAGACCCCAAAAUCAAGUCAUGUACAUAAUUCCAAGCCUUCUUCCUGCGCAUGAGACAACACGUAUUGGCAGUCGCGCCUAUCGAAGUGAACGCGUUGUAAACUUGGAGAUCAAAUUCAAGAAAAGCAAUGUUCCUCAUGGCUUUUACCACCUUUUCAUAGUUUCGUUGAUAACUGGAAUGCCAGGUAUUGAAAUCUUCAAAAAGGGAAAUGAUAUACAGUUAUACAACCUGUACACAAUGCUGGAACUUGAAACGGGAAUCGUUGAGCUGUUUUGGGAAGGCUCUGGAAUAUAUGUCGCAAUCGACUGUGAAGAAGAGGAAGAUAUGCAGAAAGGAAAUGCAGAUAUUACAACACUUGUGGACGGCAUAACAAAGGCUGUAAAGGACACGCUCCUGAUUUAUCGACAGAAUGGUAUCAACUUUUAUGUUGGGGUUGAGUGCCCGCAACACAAGGGACUUUAUAUCGAUAUAAAUAAGCUGCGCGAAAGUGGCAGAGCAAAAUGUGUACCACCUAACACUUCGUGGCACUUCGUAAAAACAAAGGAGUGCUUCAAAAAACUGAUAAAGACCUUCGGCAAGAUGCCAGCGCAAAAUCCAGUGAAUGAAAAACACCUUGCAAGACUUGCGAAUAAAUUGUCCAAAGACAGAUCGAAGGAACUGGCGAUGCGAUUGCAAAUGGAAGGCUGUGACCAAAUUGCAAGAGAAGUGGAAGCGAACUAUUCGAAUCAUAGCGUUCGAAGGUUGCAUAUUUUCAAAAAGUGGAUGGCAGUACGAGAUAGGCAGACAACUGUUAAUGAUUUGGUUGGUUAUUUGACAGUUUCUAAAGACUACGAGAGGGACGAUGUAACCUCUUCUGCUUUAGAGGAGCCUUCGUUGAAAACUUUUGCCACAGAGGUGAACUUGGACCAGGAUAUCACCGAAAGAGACUGUGCAAUCGUUUCAAGCCACAUUGACAUUGGGGAGUAUCCACUUUUGAUGAUAGAACUUGGUAUUCCGCUGAAUACAAUUUUAGAAAUAGAACACAACUGCCGUGGUGACGUCGGAGAGAUCAUUUCUCAACUCCUGAUUAAGUGGAAGAAAACAUAUCCACACGAAUGCACAAGGAAGAAACUGCUCAGUGUCGUGUCGCAUCUGCAAAUGCCAACAAAGGAUAUUUUAUCAUCCCUGUCCGGAUUGAAAGUGGAGACUUCUUGAGUUAAUGUUUUCGACAAACUUUAUUCCAUGGCCUUCUUACUCUUCACAGUAGCCAACACACAUAAGGUUACAUCGCUCCAUAUUAAUUAUAGGUACAAAUUAUGGCACUCGAUUGAAUCUUUUUGUUUUACUUUUUUACUUUUUAUUGCUUUUCACAGACAUAAUUUUAUUUCAUGAAACGUGGUUAUAGAAUGACGUACGUCGUUGUUCAGGCGGGCUGGCGGGAGUGUGGAAUCAAAGUCACACCUUGAAUAAUUGUAGUUCAGGUUGACAUAUUGUGACAUCACUUGGAAUGUAGGAAGAGUUUAUGGAUGACUUUCAUGUCAUUACAUUUGGGGCCCUUAAAUCAAGGUCAAGGACACUGUUACUAAACAUGAAAAGCAGUUGAAACUGAAUCUCACAACGAGGGCUGACGUUCUUCUGUCAAUCAUUGAAAACCCGGUUUCGUCGCAUUGUGGCGUUUCUUGUUAAAGUUUUAAUUUGACGUUUUAUUGCUUUUGACAGGCACAUAUUAAAUCAUUAUUAAAUUCAUUUUUUAACUUAAUUUGGAAUAUAGUCUAGCAAAAAAUAUAUAGUGCUACGACAGCCCUUGUCUUUAUAUUUAAAAGCCAAUUAAAAAUGUAUCCUCAGUUUGCUCAAACAUAGUACUUGUUGCUGUUUUCAUGGAACAAGAUUAACGGAUGUUUUACAGUUUUCCAAAGCAUAUGAAAUCAUGAGGAUUAUGACACAAUCUAAUGAAAUGUUUAAUUCAAAUUCGAUAUGUUACCACUGAACUAUUUGGGACGGCAAGGCACUAACUUACGUGUUGUAUUGUAAAGAUUUAAGCUCACUGUUCAUUCUCACAGAAUGCAGCAAGAAUCUAGAUAAGGAUAGCUAGCACUGUGACUGCAAUUCACGUAUGAACGUUGAACAUGCAAUGUACAUUAAGCGACUGCAGAUAUUGAUUCUUGAAUUAUUUUUGGAGUCAGAAAAGUUUUAAACGAUUAAAAUAUCAUUGUUGUAGAUCGCUUCAAAUGAUUAUAUGUUAAGUAUUAUACAGGAUAUGUAUUUGGUAAAAGAAAGAAACGAAUGCUGUUGUUAAGAGUAACCUUUAUAUUUGUAUAGAUACAUUUUACUUUCUUAAGACUAAAACAUAGUAAUUAGUUUACUGUUUUACUUUAUUUUCUGCUUGGUUUAUAAAUGCUCGUUCCGUUCUAAUUUGAUUUACUUGGUUAAACUUACGUUCAGUGCUUAAUGCAUAUUGUCCCUUUUGUUGCUUUAGUUUCAGUUGCGAUGCUUGUAUGUACUUUGUAUGUAUGGCCCAUUUCAUUUAUUGCUUACCAUAUAUUGUUUGUUUCCCUUUUUAGUAAAUUUUAAAGAAUAUCCUGAUUUUGAAGGGAGCGUCUUUAUGAACUAGGACAAUAUAGACGCUUGGAUUGUAAUUUUGAAAUACACGAUUAUAUACAUGUAUCUUUGUACUUGCAAUAAUGAUCUGUCAUUGUGUCUAUAUCAAUGUUAAUAAAUUACAACAAACGUU